UAGGGCUCCGGUGGGCGGUGGUGGGUGAGGUUGGGCGGCGCGGGGGGUGGGGCCAGCCUGGGGUAGGAACGAGUAACCGAGCCUCAGUCUGGCGUGAGGAGUAUGGGUGGCUGCACGUCGUCCCGCCUCCCUCCCGCUCCUCACUGCUCCUCGCUGCUGCCAUGAAGGCGCCCUGCUGUCUCUUGGGGGCGGGUGCCCUGCCCCGGCCCCCAGAGCGUGCCCCGCGCCCCGGGCGGCCCCGCGGCUCAUACACUUACAUGUUGUGCGUGUGGUGGUGGGUGGUAGUGGUGGUGGGCAGCAGUGCCCAGUGCCCCAUCAGGACAGAUGCCCAUGACGUGGCCUCCAAGGCCUACGUGUCUCCCCAGGUGGUGGAGGCUGUGGUGAGGGAAGUGAGUCCUAGCCUCCCGGGACGACCCUACACCGUCAGCGUGGUCGUCAGUAAGAAGCUGAGGUCGUACACGGGUCGUGCCCGCGUCAAGAAACGUGCGUCACUGACGCUAACCUACCGGCACCCUCCCCUCCAGGGUGAGAUUAGUGCCGCGUCGAGUGACAGUGCCGGUGAGUGCCUGGUGAGUGCCAUACUCAAGCCGGGCCGCAAGUACCUGCUCUUCCUGAGUGGUGGCAGGGGGCAGGACCAGCCAGUGCCAGUGGCACCCCCAGAACCAGCCACUAAGAAGCUCAGACGCAUCGUACGGAAGACGGUCUGCAAGAACUGUGGUGCAGCGCCUAGUGUAAGCAGACUACAAGACGACUCAGUGGUGGAGAACUACAACCUGACGCUGGAGUGCAGCGUCCAGGGCACCCCUCUCCCACAGGUGCUCUGGUACAAGAACGACACCCUGAUCACCUCCUCCUCCAGGAAUAUCAGAGUCAGGACUAGACCAAGAAAUCUACGCAGACGCAAAGUGAAGCGACCACGAAGCAGUACUCUGAGGAGGAGAAGGAACAGCAGCGCCGUCUCCAGGAGUUCCCCGUGGGUCGUGGGUCGCCCCGUGGGUGGCCCCCGCCGACGACAGAUAAGAAGACGACUGGGAGAACCAGAGGCUCCGGGAAGAGGGAGCCACUCGGUGGCGACGGCGGCGGCGGAGGAGGUAGCGGGGAGGAGAGGGAAGCUGCUGGCGCGGAGGGCGAGGCGGCAGGGACCAGCAUCAAGAGAACCUCGACGACGACCAUCCCCAGAGAUCGAGCCACGACACCCGGGACGCAGACGACGCCCCAACGACUCCAGCAGUGACAGCAUCGCCAGUGGUACUAGCAGCAGUAACAACAAGGGCAACAAGAGGGCCCGCCGUCCCGAGGUCAAGGAGAAGAAGGUGUUAGUAUCACAACUGACGAUGAGGAGUGCAACUGAGGGAGACGCUGGCGUCUACAAGUGUGUGGCCAAGUCAGUGGCAGGCGAAGCUUCUGCCCAGGCCAUGAUCCGUGUCGUCCCACCCAUAGACCCUCAUCCCUUCGUUGACGAGUGUCCGUACGCUGGCUACUGUCUCAACGGUGGCACCUGCAUGAUGUUCAGGAUCGUCGGAGAGCUUGUGUGUCAAUGUGCUGAAGGGUUUAAGGGCCAGCGAUGCCAGGAGAAAGAAGUUUAUCCAACUUUCAAUCGCAAUUGUCAAGGGCCGUUAAAAAACAUACGACACUCACAAGGUCGAAGAUGUCCACGAAAUCAGCCAGCCGCUCUUUGGGAGCUGUUGCAACAAACCUUAGCUCGCAAGAACAAGGUGUUUCCUUGGACAAAGGAGCAACUUCUCAAUUGGUCACCCACCCACACAGGACACGCCUACUGGCCCCGUUAUAUGCGUCCUGCCCUACAAUCUACAACUCAUCCUCAUCCCAGAGGGAGCCACAGUACAGCCCCAACACACAGUGGACCCAUCCCCACUGCCAGUGGCCUUCCACAGAACCCUUCCUUAGGACUCCUUCCCUUGCACCAUACAACCAAGGAUCCGGUAGUUUUGGAUUCUCUUCUUGCCAACCUCGACCUUUCCCAAGUUACCAGGCGCAGAGAACCCUUGGGACACCACUCUUUAACCUCAAUUCCUCCAGUCACACCUCAUCCCACUCAAACGCACGCAACCCAUCAGUUAACCACUCCAAACAGCCCUAUAAUGAGAAAAGUCGAACUUGACACUGUAGAGACCUCACAAAUGGAUGUUCUUCCUCAUUCACCCCGCCAAAAUGAGCACAAUAAGGGUGAGCAUACACAUCCCAUUCACUAUCAUAGUCGGACUCAUCAUCGUCACCAUCACAGGCAGUAUUCUACAGAUCUAAAAGAUCGACCACCUCAUAGCAGCUUAGACGAUGCCUAUUUACCAGAACCUAAUGAAUCAGCAUGGGACCAGAAAGUAACUGAGGCUGAUUUGGACUGGUCCUCAAAGGCAUACCUCAACACUCCAGCGUCCCCAGUCUACUAUACCAUGCCCCACCAGGAAAACGAACACCAGUGACGCACAUUUUUCACACUGGGGCAUUAACAGAUUAAAGCUUUAUGUUGAAUACACAAGCGUCCCUGCACUCCACUUGCAAUGUGGAUAAGGCGUGGAUGGGAGACAGUGUUGGAUGUCUCCUGCUGCUGCCAGACACAGCUGGUGCUGGUGAUGUCAGUAAUACUCAGCUGUACUUAUGGAACUCCACUGCUGUUAGUGGCACUGCUGGGGUCAUGUGACCUACAUUGUUCCUGUUGGGUCAGGCAGCCAAUCGUCAGUGAUAUGUGAAGUAUGGGAGGAAGGACCACAAGCAUUAUGUAAUCAAAGUUGUGUGUUGAUAAUGCUGCAGCUGACCACUAAGGAGCAAAGGGUUGUGAGGUGCCACAGUGUAGUGUAAGCAAGCCAAAGAAACAAGUAGUCAUAGAUAUAAGCAAGCCUGCAUUGGAUCCAUGGUGCCUGGGACAGUAUGCGCACAUGUCCACCAAGUGAGAGAAGUUAAGAGACUUUAGUGAGCUUCCUUCUCAAAUCAUCAGGUCCAGCCACCAGUGGAACUCCUGUAACCCAACAUAAGGUCUGUGUUAUCAUUCAUGAGGUCACUGGGUGGCUCUGUCAGCCAGUACUGGCCAGUGGACUGACUGUGUUUUUAUACCAACACCACCUGCACAGGAAAUAAGUCGGGAAGCAUAAGGAAUCGCGAUGAGCAUUGCUGCUCCGCCAGAGCACCAGUCAGCUCCCGUGACUUUCCUUGGACUUGUGUGCUCUGUCUAUAAGCACUUGUGUUCUAAGUUGUGCACACCAGUUUUGCUUGGUCAGAUCCUGGGGAUCAAAGAAGAAAAGACAUGUAUACUUGUACAUAGCCAUAUAAACUAUAUAUUAAGCUCUGUGUUUACAAUGUUGUAUCUAGGGCUUCUGUUCAGCAAUAAAAUGUGAGACUGAAGUGUUAGAGCAAAUACUGGCAAAAUGGCUCGAGUGAUGGUGUUUACACACAAUAUGGAAUGUGCCUUGAUUGACAUUGCAUUUACAUCAGUCUAGAAACCAGAUAGACCAGUUGAUUUGGUUUAUGUCAUUUUAUCUGAUAUUUGUUGUAUAUACUUUUUCUUCCCCUUCCUACUCUUGGUUGUAAAUUUCUUUCGUUGUAACAUGAGUGAUCACAGAAUGAUAUAUUUUCAACAACAAGAAAGACUGGUUUAGGGAUUGUCACUGGUUUGUACCGAAGCUAAGCGUUUCAUUCUCCUUCCUCCUAUAUACAGAUGAACUUCAAAAACUAUAAUACGUUACAGAUCACACGAAAACUUUUACAUAUUCAACUCUAAUUUAGAUAUUACUACUUGCCUGUGUGUGUUUGUGAUUCAUCAUUGCAUACCUGUAAUAAUGUUGGUAGAAUUACCGACAAUGAUAGGUAUAAGGACACAUGUGCAACUAAUGCGACAUUUUAUUGUGGCAUCGUUUCCCUCUCCAGGAGCGAAAAAAUGUGCAACCCGUGAGCGAAACGUUGCCACAAUAAACUGACGCAUUACUUGCGAGAGUGCAUACCUGUCGCUAAAUGGUAGAUGCAUGGUGGGUUUGUGAUGAUCACCGGACUCAAGGAAACAAUAGUAUCCAAUACGGUGGGGGAGGGGGAAGAGAUACAAAGUAGUAAAAUGCAAUUCUUUAUUGAGAGCAUUUGUCAAUAAAAUAUCUCAUUAUACUACUGGAUUUAUGUGUCUUUAUCUUCCAUCGUGUCGGUAUUUGAUACCGUUUGUCUCCAUGAUUCAUUACCUGUGAAUCUUGGCCCAAGACGUUCUUCGUCGACGUGAUUCUUUUUCUUUUUUAAUUUUUAAACUUAUGCAAAAUGCAUUUUAAGCUUUAGUGGUGUGCUAUAAAAUUCUGACGUUAUGGUUGAGAGUUGAAACACAUUAGUGGAGGCUGAAACAAAUCUUUAUGUAUUUUUUUUAUAUAUAAAAUCUUUCUGCUGUAUUCUCUUGGGAAUACUUUUGAACUGGAAUUUAGGUUAACUAAGCUUUAAAUUUUAUGUUAAACUUACCGUUGGAUACUUAUAUUGUGUUUCUUAUUUAUUUUUAUGUAACUAAUAAUCAUUAUUAUUAUUGUUGUUGUUAUUGUUGUUGUUAUUACAUUCAUUGGGAGUGCUAAACCCGUAGGGGUUUCACAGUGACUGAGGGAAUGGAAAGCAAUCAGGUACGACCCGAGGACAAGUAGGCUACGUUCAGUUCUUUGUAUCAGAAGACACACACAUACACACACACACACACACACACACACACACACACACACACACACACACACACACACACACACACACACACACACACACACACACACACACACAAGAGCAGCAUACUAUUAGUGUGGCUAUGGAAUCUUAUCAAAGAGUUUAGCUGGAAUAUUAUUCUGACAAUGUUAUAGACUUGUUCCAGUCUAUAGAGAGGAACUGUGGUGACGGAGUAGAACUUAGAAAAGCGUCACGCCGACACUCACCAGAACCUAGUUAGGCCUGCGACUAAUGUUAUGGUAGUCAUGAAUGCAAUACAACCGUCACUGAGAAGAAUCACAAGGCAGGAAUGUACUACCUUCUGUGACCUGUGCUGUUAGAAAUUGAAUCAAUCAUUACAGUACAUGUCCUUUCUCAUUCACCCACGACCAUCCAUUCAUCCCUCCAUAACCUGCCACGUUUUAUCUCUUAACUUGCACGUUACAUGUCAUACUUGCUGCAUGCUGAAGCCACAGGGUCAGGCACUUGAGCAGAGCAGAGUACCCCCGUGAUACCUUGGUUAGGGGGCACCACACGUUUUCAGGGGCCUUCCAUCUUCUGAAGAGUACUAUUUUCUCUCUAUUAUUUUCUACUUGCCGAGCUGGCUGGCUAGCUCUGGUUAAUGAGUUUUGUAUGGUGUGAGUUUUAAUAGCGUAUGUUUUUCGGCAUUUAGCUCUCUCCUAGUGCAGACAGAAGCCUGACUGGUCUGCCUGGCUGCAGGCUAGUCCAGCGCCCCUCAGGAGAAUCGUCAGGAACCUUCUCUCCUAUCGCAUGGGGCAGACAGGCCCAGCUCGGGCACGGGGCUCUGCUCUUAACCCCCUUAAACCAUAUUCAUCUAUAAAUUGUGAAACACACCACGGUGGCACAAGCCUGCCGUAAAGUAGGCACUAGUACACAAGUGUCAGGGGUAGGGGCAGUACUUCAUGAUCUCAUUCCGUGGUUAGCGGCAGCAGUUGCCUGGAACCCACACUUCUGCUGCCCCUGGGAUUCCUAGGUCAGUUUAGUCUGAUCCAUGCAAUGAUCACUGGAGUAUUUGCAUUGCUGAGGCAUGAUAGCUGCCCUUCCAUCCACCCCCCGUGUCACUACUUAGGACCGGACCAGAAAAUUCACUUUGCCCAUAAGAAUUAACAGGAAGGUGUCUCCUCCCAGUGGCUUGUUGGUGCUUGGGGGAUAUGGUGUCGGUCUGGCUUGUGUUUUGUGGUUCAGCUUGAGCUCUGUGUCGACCUCACUCUUGUGUGCUUAUUUGCCGUCCUAAUGUUACUUGUAGAGACAAGGUAGCUAACCUAGUGCAGUUUCAUCAUCACACAUUUCGUGCAGUAAGUGAGGAAAUAACAGUGGGACUAUACUGAUUACUAAAGUUGAUAAAUUAGACACAUGUGCAACACUUGGGUAUCUAUAAUCUGGAAACGUUUGACCAUAUUGUCUUCAUCAGUCUACUACAAAGAGGAAUGGUGAUCACCUGAGGGACUGAUUACCUCAAACUCUUUCUGAUCUUCACCAUUCUUCUCUGCAUUGCACUGAUGAAUCCAGUGUAUGGCGAAACGUUUCCACCGUAAAGAUACCUAAGUGUUGCACAAGUGUCUAAUUUAUCAACUUGUCGGUUCUCUGAACUGUUUAUCUACAUUAAAGUUGGAUACCGUGCCUCAACAUGGAACACCUUUGGGUCCCCCAGUUCGAGUUUCCUGGUUCCCCCUCCGGCCCCACUAUGAUUCCACUUGCCACAAACCAACUACCUCAGUUGAUAGUGUACAGUUCGUCAAGGUGCGUGUAGGGCGUUCAAGUAAUCAAAAAUUUGGUUGGGAACGACCAUAAAAGACCUGUGUCGGGAUUCACGAGUUGUCACAGACCAGUCAUUACAGGACAGCCAAACCCUGAAUUGUUGGGCUUAGCUGCUUCUUUUACACUUUAGUUACUGUAUCACACUUAGCAACAAGAGUUUUAGUAUGCCAUUGAGUUUAGUUGCAAGGCCAAAUAGGUUAAGGUUAUAUGGAUAAAAAAGGUUCAAACUGUCAACAGGAUGUUAACUGGAUAACAUUCGAGUGGUAGACACAGUGAGUCCCGGGAGGUCAAAUUUAUUGUAUUACUUUAUAUUUUUUUGUAUAAUUUUGCCGGGGGGACCAAGGCGCUCCAACACACUUGUUAAUAACUUGUCCUUCUCUCAUCUUUUCUUGUCUACUUUGUGUGCUGUAUUUGUCCACUAUAUCUGUCAGUGUCCAAAGCAAAGAUAGUUUUGCCACAGACUGAAUCUAGUAUAUAACAUUUGUAACUGUGCAUAGUAGAUGUUUUAUUUAUUUUUGCUGCCCAGUAUGUGUCAUAUACAGUAUAUGAAAACUAAAUGUUUCAAGCUUCAAAUGGUAAAGCCAAAAUGUGGACCAUUUGAGGUGAUAAGAGCGUGUAAAAUUAAAAAUACAGAAGCCAAUAUGUGCGAGUUCAACUGUAAAUAUUAAUUAUAUUAAUAAUAAUAUUAAUUAUGAAUGUCAUCAUAAAUGGUUCUCUAUGCAGAUGCAUUUAUGUGACUCGUAUGUUAGAAAAGCCAAAUAAAUUACGAGUCUAGGAGA